AUGCUCUGGCUAAGGUCCGUUCCUAGGAAGGCCCCUUCAGGCGCCCUCGCUCGCAUUGGUCCAUAUAUUGGCGUGUGUAUCGAUAUACUUUGUGGUACCGGAACCCUUGUGUUGGGCUUGUAUUCGACCUGCGCGCUUGCGCUGAACCCCCGUUACAAAAGUCGCCAUGCGCACGAAGCGUCCGACAUUUCGGCUGGUGCGGAUGUCCAGACCCAUCCGCAUGUAAAACUUGGCCAGCAUGAAGCGCCCAAGACAGACUGUGCUCCCUAUUGGAUGGAAGACAUCAAACACCAGGGCAUUGCUAGCUUCAACCCCAAUCCGAAAAACUACACCGUCUUCAGGAAUGUCAAGUCCUACGGCGCAGUUGGCGAUGGAGUCACGGAUGAUACUGCGGCUAUCCAGAAAGCCAUGACUGACGGCAACCGCUGUGCACCAGGUUUUUGCUCGAGCUCUACUAACACACCUGCUGUUGUGUACUUUCCAGGCGGAACGUACUUGAUUUCGAGUAGCAUAAUCGACUACUACAAUACUCAAAUCAUUGGAAACCCUAAUUGUAUGCCUACCAUUCUUGCCGCUUCCAACUUUUCGACCACAGGUGGAAUAGGCUUGAUCGAUGGCUCUCCUUAUCUGAAUGUUGGAAUCCGUCCCGGACAAACCGGAUUUGGAGUAACAAACACCUUCUACCGGCAGAUCCGCAAUCUCAUUCUCGACACUACACAGCUGCCCAUCACGUUCCAGGCUUUCGGACUCCACUGGCCAACUGCACAGGCGACGAGUAUUCAAAAUGUUGUGUUUAACAUGAAUGCUGAAAAGGGGACCGCGCAUCAGGGUAUGCUCCUCGAAGGCGGAUCAGGAGGAUUCAUGACUGAUCUGGUGUUCAACGGCGGAAACAUUGGCUUCAAUAUUGGUAACCAACAGUUCACCACUCGCAACAUUACAUUUAAUAAUAUGAAUACUGCAAUCCAGAUGAUCUGGGACUGGGGCUGGACGUUCAAGUCCGUGUUCGUCAACAAUUGCCGUGUGGCGAUAAACGCUACGGCGGGCGGCCCUUCGGCAGUCAAUAUAGGAUCCAUUACCUUGUUCGACAGCGAAAUCAAGAACACGCAGAUCGGCAUUGUUACCGCUAGGACUGGUAACUCGCAACCUCCUGCUGCUGGAGCUUUGUAUUUGGAGAAUGUCAAACUGGACAACGUCGAGACUGCUGUAGUUGGUCCCAACGGAACGUACCUCGCAGGAUCCUCGGGUUCUACAAUCAUUGAUGCCUGGGCUGAUGGACAUCGCUACCUUCCCAAUGGCCCCAUCAAAGCCCGUGGUCACCUUCCCCCCACGCAGCGACCAGCUAAUUUGGUCGAUGCCCAAGGAGGCUUCUACCAGCGCUCCAAGCCUCAAUAUGGAGACGUCCCGUUGUCCCAGUUUCUCAGUGCUCGCGAUCUGGGUGCUACUGGAGACGGACACACAGACGACACCGCCGCCCUCAACGCUGCUCUUCUCAAGGCCAAAGCAGAGGGAAAGAUUCUGUAUCUUGAUGCGGGUUUUUACAAAGUCACGUCGACGGUUUACGUUCCCCCAGGCUCUAUCAUUGUCGGCGAAGCUCUCGGGUCCGUCAUUCUCUCGUCUGGCCCUUACUUCAACUCCAUAACCGAGCCCCAGCCCGUUGUGAAGAUUGCCCUUCCAGGCGAAAUGGGCCGAGUCGAAAUGUCCGACGUCAUCCUCAGCACGCAGGGCGAGCAAGCCGGUGCCAUAUUGCUCGAAUACAAUCUCGGCACAUACGAUGAAGAGCCAUCUGGAUUCUGGGAUGUGCAUGUCCGUAUCGGAGGAUUCUAUGGCUCCGACUUGCAGACGCCACAGUGCGAAAAGACAGCCAAUGUCACCAUCACCGAGAGUAACCUGGAUAGGGACUGCAUCGCUGCAUACAUGUCAUGGCACGUGACAAAGUACGGUGCAGGCGUCUACAUGGAGAAUACCUGGAUUUGGACAGCUGACCAUGACCUCGACGAGGCCGACAACGGAAACACUCAGCUGACCAUUUACUCUGGCCGAGGAUUGCUUGUGGAGAGCAUCAACGGGCGCAUGUGGCUCUACGGCACAUCAGUAGAACACCACACCCUCUACCAGUACCAAUUCGUCGACACGCGCAACGUCUACAUGGGCCAAAUUCAAACCGAAACCGCAUACUACCAGCCCAACCCCAACGCCACCAUCCCGUUCCCGACGAACCCCGUUCUCAACGACCCAGUCUUCACCUCUUCACCUGACUCCAGCCUCUCACUCACCCUCGUCUCUCUGCUCCCCGUCUCGGGCAACUCCGCCGCCGCCAAACCAACCUUCUCCAACGCCACCACCACCCCAAGCAUAGCAUCGGGCUGGGGUCUCCGCAUCGUGCGCAGCAACGCCAUCCUCGGCUACGGCGUGGGUCUCUACUCCUUCUUCAACAACUACAACACGACGUGCAACGCGCGCGACGCAACCACAAAAUGCCAGCUCAACAUCCUGAGCAUCGAGGGCGGCCGCAACGCCUACGACAUCAAUCUCUACAACAUUAAUACCGUCGGCAGCGAGGAAAUGAUUACGAGGGAUGGCGUGGGAAUCGCAAACCAUUCCGAUAACAACAGCUCCUUUGUAGACACCAUUAAUGUGUUUAGAAUCGGCAUGUUUGGCUUGUGA